AUGAAUUUUCGAUCUCAUUUAUUGAUUGUGAUAUUCGAAUUGAACGCGACAAAAUCAAGCUGGGCCGAUGAAGUCGGCGAAGAAUUUGAUCUUCCAAUUGAAACUUUUACCGACGAAAAUGGUAUCAAAACGAUACUUGAAUACAAAACAAACGAUGACGGAAAAAAAGUGAAAGUUACUAGAAAGAUCAAGAAAACCUUGAUUAAAGAAUGUGUUAAUAAAGCCGUUGCCGAGAGAAAGAAAUGGGCCAAAUUUGGUGACGAGCGAGGAAAGAAAGUUGGUCCCGAUCUGAGUACAACCAGCAUUGGAGAACAAAUAUUCUUAAAAUUAUCGUCCACCGGCAAACAUUCGGAAUUAGCCGAAGAAAGCGAUAUAAAUAAGAGAAAGGCAGCUUUAGUAGGGAAGAAAAUCCUUUGCCGUAUAUGUAAAAGUGACCAUUUUACAAUUCAAUGUCCUUAUAAAGAUACCCUUCAACCUUUGGAUGAACUGGGCAAAGAACUAGAGGCCAAUAAGGAAACUGCUAGUGAGCCAAUAACGGCCGAAGCUUCCACAGGAGGAAAAUAUAUUCCUCCCAGUAUGCGUGCUGGAGCUAAGCCGGCAACUGGUGACUCAUAUAAAGAACGACGAGACGAUGCUACUAUUCGUGUCACAAACUUAUCGGAAGACACUACUGAGAAUGACAUUCAUGAUCUCUUCCGCCGUUUCGGUAAUAUUUCUCGAGUUUAUCUCGCCCGUGAUCGAGAAACGAAUGCUUGUAAAGGAUUUGCAUUUGUCAGCUUUGGACAUCGCGAGGAUGCCUCCAAAGCAUUACAAGCCAUUAAUGGUUACGGUUACGAUAACUUGAUUUUACGAGUGGAAUGGGCCAA